AUAUAUACCGUGCUGUAGUCCUGGGGAUCAUAGUCGCACUUGACUGCACUCCUCAACAACAAUGGCCUUUAAGUUCGUCGUCUUCUCCUGCCUUGUGGCCUUCGCUAAGGCUAGUGUUGCCCCAGUAGCAGUAGCUGCUCCUCUCGCAGCGGCGCCCGUGGUCGCGGCGGCCCCGGUGGCGGCGCGACUCGAGGAGUUCGACCCGCUGCCGCAGUACCGCUUCGGAUACGAUGUGGCAGACUCACUUACCGGCGAUUACAAGAGCCAGACGGAGCAGCGCGACGGCGACCUGGUGCAGGGCCAGUACUCGCUGGUCGACUCGGAUGGCACGCGUCGCAUAGUGGAUUACUCGGCCGACCCAGUAAACGGGUUCAACGCUGUCGUGCGCAAGGAACCGCUCGUAGCCGCUGCGCCCGCUGUUGUCGCGGAACCCGCCGUCGUGCCCGCGCGCAUCGCCGCUGCUCCAGUGGUAGCCCAACCUGCCUACGCCCGCUACGCUGUCGCCUCUGCCGCUUACACUGCUCCCGUCGCGAGAGUAGCUGCUUACACCGCUCCUGGGCCUGCCGUUUACACCGCGCCGGUAGCUGCCGCUUACACAGCUCCGGUCGCCAGGUUGGCCGCAUAUUCUGCACCGCUCGCGUACAGAUACGCCGCCCCAGCACCGGUCGUAGCCAUAUAAUAAUCUGCUCUCAUCGACAACUUAUUUUACAACUAUGGCCUAUUAAAGAUUUUUAUACGAUCAA